CCCGGAAGUGUAACCGUUUUAGAUGCCCGCUGAGGUCAGGCGGCUGUAGCUGUAGCUCAAAAGCCGCUGUAACUAAACUGCUACUGUAUUUUUUUUUGUUACCUUUGUGUGUAAUGGCACUCCAACUGAAAGACAAAGACGCUUAUCAAAGACUGAACUAUCUUUACCAGGCAGCGCAUUGUGUUUUAUCCCAAAACCCGGAGAAUGUGGAGCUGGCUCGUUUCUACUGCUUCACACAGAGGACCAUUGCAAGGCGUUUAGUUCUCAGACAAGACCCAUCCGUGAAGAGAACACUAUGUAAGAAGUGCUGCUCAUUGCUCAUCCCUGGUGUAACCGCUUCGACAAGACAACGGAGAAAAAACAGCAGGACCCGCUUCACUGUUGUGCGGUGCCUCAGCUGUGGGCAGUGCAAAACAUUUCUGAACGAUCCCGAUCAUUGUUUAUGGGUAGACCAGCCCGAGGCUCAGCUGGAGCAACAGAAGCAGCCAGAUCCAGGCCCUUCUAUUCAAAAACAGCCAAAGGACACAAAGCCUGACGUGUCUUCUAAACCCAGCGCUGCCCAGAGCACUGCCAGCACGUAGCAGUUCUUUUUCUGACUGUGAUAUAUGAAGGACCGAUAUAAAUUUUUUUUUAAUAUAGGUGUAACUAUGAUGUUACAUAGAUCUCCAAUGUUUUAGUAUUUUUAUUGAUUUAGUAACUUUUUGGCCUCUGUGAUAUAAUUUUUAGUAUCUUUCUGCAGUGUACACAGUGUGAAAAUAUUAUUUUGUUUUUUAAAUGCCACCAACAGAUGGCCACCGUGUGGCGUGCUACACAUGUAGGAUUUAAAGGAACACUGUGGUGAGACUGUUUUUUUUUUUACUUUAUUGAUGAUAAUGCUUGUAUUAAAAAGACACUGACAAGAAUGGAAGAAUGAAUUGAAUAAAUGAAUUCAACAUUAUCUUGUAUCCUUAAUAUUUAACAUUUUCUGUACAGUAAAAAUCUCUUCACUAUUAACAAUUUGUUGUCCGUUACUUUACUUAACCCUCGUAUUGUCCUCCCGCCCACUAUGCAAAGUUUUGUUUUCCUCGGUCCAAAAUAAAAAACGUUUUCUGCCGCUU